CCCCUUCAUGACAUUCUGGUCUUGGCAGACAUGGGUGGUCGGAGGUGUCGGGUGGUGUUCAGCUACACUCCGCAGCAUGAUGACGAGCUGCCGCUGUGUGUAGGCCAGACCAUCAACGUACUGCAGGAGGUGGAGGAGGGCUGGUGGAAAGGCGUGCUGGACGGACAGGUUGGGAUGUUUCCCUCCAACUUUGUUGAGGAGAUAGCGGAGAGAGAGAGUGAAGACGGGAAGACGAAGCUGCUGGAGUCCUUCCUGGAGAACAUCAAUCAAUCAAUCAAUAAUCAGCUCAAUGUGAAUGGCAGGGGCUCACCUACACCAGAGAUCAAGCCUAAGCCUGUGCAUGGAAUGGGGCAUGGGGUAAAGGUGUCGGACCUGAAGAAGGAGGAUGCGCUGAAGGGGGAACCAACCCGCACUUCCACUGCCCCCACCACCCAUGCCAACACCACCACCACCAACACUAACACCACCGAAGGGUCCACCAAGGUUCUUGGUUGUGGAUCGUCUGCCUUUCAGCCCAUUCAUAAGCCCAAGGAGUCUUUACCCAAAGAGAAUGGCCAAGUGAAGAAUUUCCGUGACCUGCCCCACAAGCUACCACCUGCCCUGGAGCCCAAGGGGGACAAAGGCACCUCCAAGACUGACAAGACUCGGAUCAAUGCCCUGGAGCGAGCCACAGUAGCAGGCAGUGAAGAGAAGCCCAAGGUGGAGCAAGCAGCCAAGAGGGACCUCCUAUCCACUCACCACAACACUACCACUGCCACCACAAACCCUCCACACCAGCCCCCUCCACCCCAGCUACCUCCCAAACCAGUGCGGGAGCUGGCGCGGGUCAUAUUCCCCUAUGUUAAGGAACAUGAGGAUGAGCUGGAACUGCAAAAGGGGGACAUCAUCACAGUGCUGUGCAAGGAGCUGGAAGACAAGGGAUGGUGGAAAGGGGAGCUCGGCGGCAACACCGGCGUCUUCCCAGACAACUUUGUGGAGCUGCUCAGCUCAGAGGAAAUGGCCAAACCACCUCGGCCUGAGAAGCCCGCUGCAGUAUUAGCCAAGAAAGGAUCACCGAGUAGCUCCACGGACAGCACACCCACCAGCACGCUCCACAAGUCAGGCAAAGAACCACCCCCUCCCCUACCAGAAAAAAAGGUUUCAGCCCCACCUCCCCCCGAGAAGAAGCCCACCACCCAGAGCACCCCGGCUGUUUCUGAGCCUCAUGAGGGUGUCCCACAAACUAUCAUCACCCCCCCUCACCCAGCCAUGCCAAUGUUCUCAAAGAAGACUGUACCAAGAGGGACAGAUGAUGGAGGCAGCCUCACCCUUGACACAGAUGGGGAGAAGCUGACUCAUGUCACCCAGCUACGGCCCAAAGGCCCCUCCCACCGGCGGCCCCCCUCAGGCAUCUUCAAGGAGAAUAUGAAAGCCCAAAGCACCGAUGAAACAGACUCUCCUCUCCCCCCAACCCCUGAGGACAAGGAAGACCAUGACACACCAUCACAGGCCAAUGGAGAGCUGUCCCGGAGUCCCAGUGUUCCUGCCCUCAACCAGCCCUCGGCUGGCAAAAUGCCAGAAGUUCGGUUACGUCAGGAUCCCAGCCCAAAGCAAGACUCCACUGUGCCUUGGCUGCAGGAGUUAGGCCUCAAACAGAAACACAAAAGAUUGUCUGGCAUUAUUUCAGAGGGUGAUGCUUCACCUUCCUCUGGCCCGGCAGUGUCCCCCAAGCCAGCCACCAAGCCUAGCAAGCCCACUAACCUUGACACCUCCCCCCACGGCCACGUUGCCCCCAUGGUCUCCGGCACUCCUAAACCCAAACCCGCAGAGUCGCCUCGCCUCCCCACCCCAGAUUAUGAGCACAAGCCCUUCACACCCCAGCCUCCUCCCUCAAAGAACAAGCCCCUGCCAGCUACUCCACAACCCUCAGAGAGUAAAAGAACUGCACCACCCAGUCAAGACACAAAGAAACUAGCCCCCAGCCCUCCAGCAAAAGAAAAUAAGAAACAUUUGCCCACAGACAGCACAGCACAAGUUGAGGACAAAAUUGAUGCACUGUACAAAGAAUUGCUCCCUAAAAUGAGGAACUUGGAGGACCGACUUGAGGAGCAGAGGAGAGAGCAAAACCGGAAGAUGCAGGCCCUCAUGAAGGAGCUGGACGAAGAGCGAAAGAGGCGAGCUUGUAUGGAGGUGGAGGUGGAGCGCCUCAGGAAGCUGGUGGAUGCCUAUGCUCAAGUGUAAGACAUGACGAGAGGUGUGGUUCUGAGGCAGUUGUCUUGUUUGAAGUGGUGCAGAAGAGAACGUGUACUUUAGUAACACUUAACUUUCCUUCCAAGUGUACUAGUGUAUGGACAGUCUACAAAUUUUUUUUUUACUGAUAACUGCCUCUCAGUCUCAUUUCCAGUAGUUGUAAGUAAAUUAUACCGAAGUACUAAUCUGCCUUGGUCUUCCCAGCUGGCAGGAAAGUUCAUUCCUGACCCACUAUCACUGUCAGGAGUACUGCUUCCUGGCUUCUGAUGUAGAGGGGGUGGAGAGAGAGAGAGAGAGAGAAGAGAGAGAGAGAAGAGAGAGAGAGAAGAGAGAGAGAGAGAGGUCCUGAAUUAGUUUUGUCAAGGCUUUCUUUUCCUGUCACAGCUGGUUGUAUGUAAUAAUAAUAUAUUUCACUUCAUCAAUGUAUGUUUUAGAUUUUUCCUGUAUUUUUCAAGAUUCUUAGUAGUACCUUGUUUUCAUACGGAGAAGUGAGAAUCAAGAUCAUCUUGAGAGGGUGAGACCACUGCUCCUCCUCCUCACUGUUUGUGCUGAUGGAAGGUGUGUUGGUGGCAGUGUGCUGUGUCUCUGAGUGAUGUGUUAUUGUCACUGUGCCAUGUUGGUGAUGGUGGUGCCAAGGCUCAGCUGAGGCUCCUUCAUUCCUCCAGAGCCAAGUUUAGUCCAUUGUUAAGGUUAUGCUACUUAAUGUCCUGUUAGUGUUUCAGUGUUGAUUCACUCAGUAUUUUGGGGAUGCUAUUUUGAGGUACUGCAAUGUUUUGUCGAAAGAAUUAUUGAGGAAAGCAAGUAAUCUUUAUCUAUAAUACUGCAACCCAUAACCCAGUGGUGCUGUUUUUAAGCAGUCACAUGACAAGUUUUGGCAGUUUACUGAUGUUCCAACCAAACAGGAAGAACAUGGGUCAGAAAUGUCAGUAUUUCACCAGCAGGUAUACAGAUUAUAUUAAUAUCUCUUUCAUACACUAUUUUAUACCACAUCUGAGCCAGGUGCCCAGAAGUGUUUACUGCUGUAGAUAAUGUACAUAGUCAGAGAUAGAUAAUGAGAGCCUAUUUGUCUUAUACAAGAAAGGAGUUUUCAGGAACAAUGUAAUAUAGAAGUAUCAAGCAAGUGUCCAGAAGCAAUAGUUAUAUGUGUUGGAGACAUAUCAAAACCUUUCUCUGUAAGUUGAUCCCUAGCAGUGUAGAGAAGCUAAAUGUAACUCAUAAGCAAGAUGCUAUGAAUUAUCAAUUUUGUAUGUAAAUAUCAUCUAAGGCUUGAUUUUUAUAAAGAUAAAUGAGUAAAGUGUUUGUUUCAAGGUAGUACUUACAGUGGUAAUAACAUGUUAAGGAAGAUUACCUAUUGUGUUAUGUGUCACUGAUUACUGUUCUUUGUAUAUUUUUAUAACAUUGUUAGAUGCAGCUCAAUUCACAGUCAUAACAUGCAUAGUCUUCUAAAAUUUUGAGGUUUCAUUGUCUCUCAUGUUCUUUAAAUGAGUCUCAAUGGAGAACCCUUGCAUAAUGUGUCCACAAUAUGUCCCACCAGUUGUGUUGCAUUUAGCUUUUGGUGCGGUGGCCCAGCUGUGUGCGUCAUCCCACUGCUGUGACCGCCUCAACCACUCAAUUCUAUUUGCUUAUUAUUUUUGUUCAAUCCAAACAUUCCCCUUUGCCUUCAUGCCAAUCAGCAACUGUAGGUGCUGCAGCAAUUAUUUCCACCAAUGUACAAGUUUUAUACAAUGUAAAGAAAUCAUUCCUAUAAAAGACAGUCUAAUAAGCAUUUUUUCACAUGCUCACUUCUCGGAGCUCAGACUUGCCAAGAAUCAAGUUUGAAAGCUUCUUAUAUGAAUUAACGUCAUCAUAAAAUUUCAUGUCUAAUCUGUUUUUUACAAGGAGACAUCAAGAAAACACGAGUGAUUUAUCUGUACAGUACAAGACACUAUCCAUUCCUACCAUUAUUGCUGUAAUAGUUUGUACUUAAGGAGUGAUUCUUAACAUUCCCCAGGUGUGUCACACUGUGCUUAGUAAAAGGUCAGUAAGUAAUAAUGAGCUGCUGUUUACCAUGAUUGAAAGUAGAAGGUGACCAAGAUUGUCCUGUGUGUAUGUGUGUGUGUGUGUGUGUGUGUGUGUGUGUGUGUGUGUGUGUGUGUGUGUGUGUGUGUGUGUGUGUGCACACACUUGCAUGUGUGCAUUAGUUUUGUAAACAUUCCAUAAUCCUUCGUAAUUCUUAAAUUCGGGCUAAUAAUUGCUACUUUGAUGAAAUACAAAAAAUUCAAAAGAAUUAUAGGUACUCUAGUCAUAGAAUGUCAAAUUAAUGCAAUGUGGUUUGUAGUAUGAAUGUUGAAUGUGGUUCCCUGUGUUGUGUGGGGGUCUGGCACUCAACUAUGCUGUGUGAGGCUUGGCACUCUACUGUGUGCUGUGUGGGGGGACCUGGCACUCUAUCAUGUGCUGUGUAGGAGAGUGGCACCCCUCCUUGUGUUAUGUAGGACCUGAGACCCACCAAUCUGUGUUGGAGAUAUGACAACCCUAUGCUGUGUUGGGUGGGCUGUAUGCUGUGGUGGGUUCUGUCACCCCAUUCUGUGCUGUGGUGGGUUGUCACCCCACCCUGUGCUCUGUGGGGGUUGUGGCACCUGCCCUAUGCUGUGGUAGAGCUAUGGCACCCUCCCUGUGCUGUGUGGGGGCUGUGGCACCCACCCUGUGCUGGGUGAGGGGGGACACUCACCCUUUGCUGUGGGUGGGUGUGGCACUCACCCUGUGCUGUGGGGGAAGGUGGCACCUACCCUGUGCUGUGGGGGUGUGGCACUCACCCUUUACUGUGGGGGGGGUGGCACCCACCCUGUGCUGUGUGUGUGGGGGGGGGGCACUCACCCUUUGCUGUGGGUGGGUGUGGCACUCACCCUGUGCUAUGGGGGAAGGUGGCACCUACCCUGUGCUGUGGGGGUGUGGCACUCACCCUUUACUGUGGGGGGGGGUACCCAUCCUGUGGUGUGGGGGGGGGUGGCACCCACCCUGUGCUGUGAGUGGGUGUCACCCACCCCGUGCUGUGGGGGAGAUGGCACCCACCCUGUGCUGUGAGUGGGUGUCACCCACCCCGUGCUGUGGGGGAGAUGGCACCCACCCUGUGCUGUGAGUGGGUGCGUCACCCACCCCGUGCUGUGGAGGAGAUGGCACCCACCUUGUGCUGUUGGUGGGUGGCACUCACCCUGUGCUGUGGGUGGGUGUGGCACUCACCCUGUAUUGUGGAACGUCCUGAAAAUGACACCCCUAAGCCUUUUACAUCAACCUUAGAAAUAAUAGACCUAAGUAUAUUGUUCUUAAGCUCCAUACCAUUACAAAAUGUGUAUAUUUUUAAUAUUCCUGACCUGCAUUGUACCCAUCGAUCAUUUAUUUUCUUGUGCACAAUCAUACUUAUAUUUUAUUUAACACUAGUCAGUGUGUAAAUAAAAGGUCAACCAAAUCUA